UGUGCAAGCCUUUGCGGACGGCGCCAGGGCACCGCGCCUGCGCGCCGCCGUGCAGCAGCCACCAUGCCGGAGGGGAAGGCCGCGUUCCGGGAGGUGCUGCCCAAGCAAGGGCAGCUGUCGGUGGAAGACAAGGCCUCCAUGGUGCUGUGCAAGCCCAAGGUGCUGCCCCUUAAGUCAGUAACGCUGGAGAAACUGGAGAAGCUGCAGCGGGCGGCGCUGGAGGCGGCGCAGCCACCCGACGAGGCACCGGCGUCUCAGCAGCAGCCCUAGCCUCAGGAAGAGGCGGUGGGGAGCGUCCCUGGUCGUGGCCGCACCCGCGGCUCGGAGUUUCAUGUAUACAUUUUCAAGAAAUCUGAAGCAGAGCAGCUGCGAGUCAGUGGAAAAGGGUUCUGCUGACACCACAUGAAGAUAGAGGGCAAGUACCCAUGAGUUAUGUAAUGAAGAGAGACCAAUGGAAAUUCAUGCCCAGUAGCGCACUAUGCCACAGCACAAGGCGUUAACUUUCAGCACCAUUCCCUGCAAGCGGCUCUUCAGUCCUUGACAGCAAGCCUGCCUGUUUUCCCUCUUCCUUAGUGAUUGUGGGACCAGACAGGCAAUAGCAUGCACAAAUCAGAGAAAAGACAUUUUCAGAAUUACUUGUGAGGAAAGGCAUUCCCUAAGGGGAAAAAAAGAAUCUCACAGCAACUGCCUCCUAUAUUAAGAUGGUCCUGCAGAGUUCCAGCACGACAAGAUCUCUCUGCCUAAUUCAGUGCCCUACUCCUCACAGACUACAGAAGUAACAUUCGGAGCAAAUCUACAGAUCACAGAUAUCUGAACAAGCAGGUUUUCUAACUAUUAGAAAGAAGCUUUCCAUGAUCAAGAAAUGUAGCAGAAGUCCAAAAGCCUGUCCUUCCACCAUACAUCUCCAUUUACAACCUCAGAAAAGCUGAGCAUACUGCAAAUCCCACCGAAUACUCAGUCUUCAUUAAACUUUCUUCUAUGAAA